AUGCCAGAUCUCACUUGCAAAAGUUUCACUUGUUUAUCAUUUAAUCACAAUGAGGGACAAUCGGAGUGCGUUUUGAGCGACAGCAACCGAGGACUGUCGGGCCAAAUGAUCUAUUCGCCGGGCUGGACUUACUACGAGCGCAAAGUUUACUCUGUCAAUUGCAGCUCGAAUUUUGAAUGCCCCAGUGGAAAGUGCAUUAAUCAGACAUCCGUGUGUGAUGGACGUGACGACUGUGGGGACCGAUCUGACGAAUGCGAAAUUGUUUGCCAAUCUCAACUUGAUUUCCAAAUUAGAUUAGCUGGCUCCAACAAGACCAACGAAGGCCGCGUAGAAGUCAAAGUAUUUGGCCGAUGGGGAGCUAUCUGUGAUGACCAUUUCAGUGCAAAUGAUGCCAACGUGAUUUGUCGCCAGUUAGGGUUCCCCUUAGGAGUUCAAGGCAUCCCUCGCUCCAAAUUUGUCGAAAACUUUUUCAAUUACGCCUUUGAAACGCGAGGCAAAUUCCAUACCACGAAAACAUAG